CCCAGUUUAACGAGGACAUGGCCGAUGUCACUGUUCCCGGCCUUCGGAACCUUGGCAACACGUGCUACUUCAAUGCAGUCCUGCAGGCACUGGCUGCAUCCCAGUUCUUUCAAGAGUACGUAGCAGGGCUCAUCGACGCCGGAGAGGCCGCCUCUGAGCAACGGCCUUUCGCUGCGGUGCUCCAGCAAUGCCUGUCAGACCUGUCGCCCCAGCCUCGAAAGUACAUUCGUUCCGUCGUGCCUCGAGAUCUCAAUUGCAUGCUGUCGGAAGACACGUCCAUGUUCCGUGGCAUGCACCAACAGGUACGCGUCGGCUCGACCUUGGACGCAUGUUAGUUGCCCCAUUAGGAUGCCGAGGAAGGGUUCCAGUUCAUCAUGGAGAAACUCGAGAAAGAGAUCAACCAGUCCAAACCCGACACAUGCUCGUUGUCGACGCUACUCCCCGCCCGCGCGCCGUUCACCGCCGACGGGACGUCGGCUCCGAUCCAUCCGUUCUAUGGCCUCACGGGCAACCUCCUGGAGUGCAAUGUCUGCCAGAAGGCGAAACCCAUCUCCACCGACUACUUUCUCGACCUCAAGCUGUCGCUGUGUCCGUUCAUGGAUGGCCAGCGGCCGUUCGGCACCCUUCGCGAGUCGCUGUUGCAUUACACGAGCCAAGAACGCAUCGAAGGGGUGGAGUGCUCGCACUGCACACUGGUGCAAUACGUUGAGGACCUGGAUCGUAAACUGGACACCCUUGCGACCACAUCGACGCCUGUUGACUUGUGUGGUGACAAGAACGACGACGGCCGACAUCGUUCGUCAUCUAACUAUUCCGUGUAUGAUUUGUAUUGCCGAGCCCAACUACGAGAUAUGCUGGCAAAGCGGGUGGAGCAGAGCAGGAGCAGCGGCGUAUGCGACAUCGACUUGGACGAUCCGCACUGCUGGACGCCAGACCAACGUGUCGUGUGGGAGACAAACGGUGUCACAGAUCCCCUCGACAUUGCCCGGACACACGCGACAUUCCUGCGACACGUCGAACUGGUGCGACCUCCGCGGGUGCUGCUGUUUCACAUCAACCGAAAUGUCUACGUGAGCGACACGGUCGUCAAGCUGGACGUCCAUCUGGCAUUCGACGACAGGUUGCGGCUCACGGCACCGCUGGUUCGGCACUGUGAACCGAUCUCGUAUGCGCUGGUGGCGGUGGUGGUUCACCAUGGCAACGAACGGGGAGGUCACUACACGUGCUACCGCCGAGUCACGUCGUCGCAUUGGGUCCACAUCUCAGACGAGCACGUUGUCGACGUGUCCGUAGCCGACGUCCGACGGGCCAAAGCGUACAUGUUGCUCUACGAAAUGAUGUCCCUGUGAUAGAGAACGAAUAAAAAAAUAUAAAGUCCAGUUGUUGCCCA